AUGCCGGCGCUGAUCGCUUUCGGCCGACGUUGGGGCAUUGGCAGUGAUGAUUUGGUUUGUUUUGGAUUAGGAUUAGCAGCUAUUCACAUCUUUGGGAUUGUCUUUUUUGGUAUUAUAUAUCAUCUCCAUGAUAGGAAUUAUCCAUGUCCAAGCAUUAGUGUAUUACAUAUCUUCUUAAUUGGUGUCUUUGUCAUAUUAUCAUGCUUAAUCAUAUUGGAAUUGGCUAUUGGUAUUAUUAGUAGUCGAGGAACUAUCUAUAAUAGUAGACCUCGACGUUCCUUGCGAUACUUUCUAUAUUUUCGAUUACUCUUGAUGCUGCCUGAGUUAACGUGGACAGCUUUAGGCACGUACUGGACUUUUGCCGACAGCUCUGAUUGCCCUGGAGAAGAUAUUAUCGUAGUUCGAGCAGCUAUUUUAGCCAAUUGGUGCUUAUUAUUCAUAUUCUUAGUUAUGGCAUAUUGCUUAUUUGAUCCUUUGGGAUCAUUGCCUUUAGAUGGUCGCUUCGGACAAGAGGAGCUUGAAAGGGCCCAGCGUGUAUGGGAAAGGCGCUGUCGUAUAGUCUGUUGUUGCGCGCAAGCAGAUACUGACGGGCAAGCUUAUAGUGAACUUGGUGCAUUAUUCGCUUCUGUAUUUCUCAACAUGGGUACAGUUCCAUCGGAUAUUGCGGCAGGCUUAGUACUAGUUCAUCGCCAACAGGAAGAUUCUCAACUCUUGGCUGAAAUCAAGAAUGGCAGCUUAACAAGAAAUAAUAAAUUGGUUAUGAAUCCAUUUGAUAUGAGUAGAAAGGAGGAUCAAAUGACUUUAUGGAACUUAACACAUUAUGCGAAUUAUGCCAAAGCAGCUUAUGGCUGGCCAUUCUAUGUAUAUCAUAACAUGAUAUCUAGUCAAUGUUCGUUGUGCCAAUAUUAUCGCUGCUGCUCAUGCAUUCGAAAGUCAAGAGAUGAUCUUCCAGUUGUUGGGGACAACUGUUGCUCUUGUAACUAUGCUAGUAUACGUGCCUCAACCAAAUUAAAUAGAGAAGAUAUUUUGUACGCUCGCUACAUCGAUAAGGAUUAUGAACUUCCAUUUUUCGUGGCUAUUGAUCGGUUCACUAAAUCGAUUGUUGUCAGCAUUCGUGGUACGUUAUCGUUACAUGACGCGUUAACAGAUUUACGUGCUUUGCCUGAAGAGAUAAACAUCGAUGGUGUAGAGGAUGCUUAUGCUCACUCGGGUAUCUGCAAUAGUGCUCGGAAGAUUAAAAUUCUUCUAGAGCAAGAAGUAGGUCUAGGAUCUAUUAUGAAUAAUUAUCGUGGAUUCAAGUUAGUUAUCGUUGGACAUUCCUUAGGUGCAGGAGCUGCUGCUAUUUUAUCUAUAUUACUAGAAUCUACUUUUCCGGAAUUAUCGUGUUAUGCAUAUUCACCUCCAGGUGGAUUAAUGAGCAUACCACUUUCAAAAUACAGUCAAAAAUUGGUAACCUCAGCAAUAUAUAGAAAUGAUUUAGUUCCAAGUGAUAACGAAAAUGAUAGUGGUAACAGUACAGUAGAGGAGGUUAUACCACUUUUAACAGCUGCUAGAGUGGGUUCUGGCUCUUUUGGUGCUAUCCGUAAUGUAACAGAUAUCGAUUUAUUUCUUCCUGGUCGAAUAGUCCACGUUUUGGAAGAUCAGCCAUCGAGAUCAUGUGGUUCGAAACCAACAUAUAAAGCAUUUUGGAGUGAUUUUACAGCAUUUGACGCUUUACUUGUUACAAGUGGUAUGAUUGGAGAUCACUUCCCUGAUGGAAUUUGUGAUGCACUAUUACACUUGAUGGAUCAGUACCCUCAUAAUUUUGAUACCGAGAUUACAAUAUAA